UCAGAUUGGCAUGUAUUUUUUGCGAUCCCCGAAUUAAUUUGCUGUGGGUGCAGAACUAUGUACCUCCUUUGUAAAAAGCAACCUUUUUCGCUGAUGAUGGUGGUGCUGUCCUCGAGUCUUGGACAUGCGGGCUCGAACAGUAUGGAUGAAAGGUCAUUGACUCGAAACGUUAAUUUCUUUCCCCAUAUGCUGCUUGACUUGCUGAGUAUUUUCAGCAUUUUUUAUUUGAUAUCUCCAGCACACGCAGUAUUUUGAAGCAACAGUGUUGUCUUCAAUCUAACUUCUCACCAGAUCGGUACUUAACCAGUAAAUUAUUCGGUGCGGUGGGCACGAAUAAUCACCUCCAUAAUUAGCACCUCAGAUUGUCAGGAUUUCCAUGGCGAGCAAAAUUACACCAAUCUGCGUGACAGAAGUAAUCAUUCUCUGCAGGAUCAUCUUCUCCAGACUGAUGUACAGGCAAACUAUUUCUCGGUUUGUCAUUUCACAAGCUUUUAAAUGGGCUGUACGAUUUAGUCUGGACAUAUACGCAUAAUAUUCGAAGCAGACUCGCGCUUGACUGGGUGACGGGGCGACUACUUUGGUCACUGAUCUUUGAAAUUGGUUGCUGUACAGUAGGUAUUCGCUUGGUUGUUGUGGUUUAUUUACCGCAACCCGCCACAAACAAAACCUCUGGACGAUUCUCGUGCGCAGGGAAGGGCCACCGUUUUCACUCGCGCGAGCGUCUGCUCGGUCGUCAUGGUAACAACGUUCCCCAUCCUAUCGGCUGCCGCCGGGCGGCCUCGCGCGUCCUCCUGCACCUAUGGCCGCGUGAACGCUUUCCGUUAGGCAGCGCAUGCCUACAGGCGCGCGGCCGCUGUAACGGACGACGAGGAGGGACGGUAGCUAAAGCCGUAGCGUGACUCUGGAUGGCGUUUGUGGGAGAUUCUGCGGCACAAUGAGUGAGAGCCGGAGCCGAAACCGAAGCCGGAGUCGGAGCCGGGUUCGGGUCGGGAGAGGCAGUCAUCGAGGUGCUGCUCCGCCACCGACCCAGGGAGAGGAGGACAGUCACUUCGGUGCCGGGUCAGUGGGCGAUCACAUCGCCUCUCCGACGCGCGCGCACCGUGGGAGAAUUCCAUGCGAAGCGGCCGACGCUCGGGCUUGUCCAGUGCCGGGCGAGAUGUGGACACCGACGGAAGAGGAGAAAUUUGGCGUCGUGAUAUGUAGUUUCCGAGGUUCAGUGCCACAGGGGCUUGUGCUGGAAAUUGGAGAAACAGUUCAAAUCUUGGAAAAGUGUGAAGGAUGGUUCAGAGGAUUUGCAACCAAAAAGCCGACAGUCAAAGGUCUCUUUCCUGCAAGUUAUAUCCAUCUGAAGGCUGCAGUUGUUAGUAACCGGGGCCAGUUUGAGACUGUAGUUCCAGUGGAAGAUUCCAUUGUUACAGAGGUCACAGCCACAUUACAAGAAUGGAUAAUGCUCUGGAAACAGUUGUAUGUGAAACACAAAGUGGACUUAUUUUACAAACUGCGGCAUGUAAUGAAUGAGCUGAUUGAUUUGCGGAGACAACUUCUAUCUGGUCACCUAACUCAAGACCAAAUCCGUGAUGUCAAACGACACAUUACAGUCCGCUUGGACUGGGGCAAUGAACAGAUGGGCAUGGACCUAGUUCCCAGAAAGGACUUUGAAAUGGUUGAUCCAGAACAGAUAAGUGUGGCAGAUCUCUACAAACUACACUUGUCCAGUAGACACAGCAUACAGCAAAGUACUACACAGACGGAUACUAUGAAGCAUCGACAUGGUGAUACAUGCCGCAUCCCUAUACCCCAUCAUCUCUUACUAAGUAUGAGAAGCUUUACCUACCACACUAUUGGAGAAGAUACAGAUAUCUUCUUUUCUCUUUACGACAUGCGAGAGGGUAAACAGAUCAGUGAGAGGUUUAUGGUGAGGCUGAAUAAGAAUGGAAUGCCAAGAAACCCUGAGAAAAUAGAUCGGAUGUGUGCAUUAUUUACGGAUCUCAGUAAUAAGGAUCUGAAGCGAGAUCUCUACAUAGUUGCUCAUGUGAUACGAAUAGGUCGGAUGUUAUCGAAUGACUCGAAGAAAGGCCCUCCUCAUGUGCAGUAUCGGCGCCCAUACGGUUGUGCAGUGCUGAGUAUGAUGGACGCUUUAUCGUCAAUUGCUGAACUUCGAGAGGAAAAGGAUUUUGUGCUGAAAGUUUACACGUGUAAUAAUGAAAAUGAAUGGUAUCAAAUCCAUGAAAAUAUAAUUCGCAAAUCCAGCAACAAGUAUACUGCAGCCAGCACAAAUUACGGAAUGAUCAUCUCUCUGCAACUACUCCGGGGUGACAUGGAUCACAUUCGCAGAGAGAAUCCUGUGAUUUUUAACCGGGGUGUGGCCAUUACUCGCAAGCUGGGCUUCCCUGAUGUCAUUAUGCCAGGUGACAUCAGAAAUGAUUUGUAUCUGACAUUGGAACGAGGAGAUUUUGAGAGAGGUGGAAAGAGUGUACAGAAAAACAUAGAAAUAACGGUUUACGUCCUUUAUGCAGAUGGAGAGACACUCAAGGAUUGUAUUAGUCUUGGCUCAGGAGAGCCCUCUGUAAGUGAACAUUGCUCUUUCGUGAUGUACCACAACAACAGUCCACGCUGGGGUGAGAUCAUUAAACUACCCAUCCCUGUUGACAAGUUUAGAGGCUCACAUCUUCGAUUUGAAUUCAGGCAUUGUUCCACAAAAGAUAAAGGUGAAAAGAAGCUGUUUGGUUUUGCAUUUACACCACUGAUGCGUGACGAUGGUACAACACUCUCAGAUGACGUCCAUGAACUGUAUGUCUACAAGUGUGAUGAAAAUAGCACUUUCAGUAACCAUGGGUUGUACCUGGGUCUUCCCUGCUGUAAAGAAGACUUCAGUGGCUGUGCCAAUAUUCCAUCCAGUCUCAUAUUUCAACGAAGUACCAAGGAGUUCUUUUGGAUCUCAACUCUACUCUCAUCCACUAAACUGACACAGAAUGUUGACCUCCUUGCCCUUUUGAAAUGGAAAGCACAGCCGGAAAGAGUGAUGGACAUCCUGGGAAGACUGCGUCAUGUUAACGGUGAAGAAAUAGUUAAAUUUUUACAGGAUAUUUUAGAUACGCUGUUUACAAUUUUAGAUGACAACACAGAGAAAUAUGGGCUGCUUGUAUUUCAAUCUUUGGUAUUCGUAAUAAAUUUGCUGCGGGAUAGCAAGUAUUUUCAUUUCCGUCCGGUGAUGGAUACCUACAUUCAGAAGCACUUCUCUGGUGCACUGGCAUACAAGGAGCUAAUCCGAUGUCUGAAAUGGUACAUGGAUCGAUCUGCAGAAGUUGUGAGGCAAGAUCACAUUCAAGAGGCAAUGAGGGCAUUGGAAUAUUUGUUCAAGUUUAUUGUGCAAUCACGGAUUUUGUAUUCAAGAGCAACAGGUGGGAUAGAAGAAGAACAGUUUCGUGCCAGUAUUCAGGAACUCUUUCAGUCCAUUCGCUUUGUCUUGAGUUUGGAUAGCAGAAGUUCUGAGACUCUCAUCUUCACGCAGGCCGCCCUUCUCAAUUCCUUCCCAGCAAUAUUUGAUGAGCUGCUGCAGAUGUUUACUGUACAGGAAGUGGCAGAGUUUGUGAGGGGGACACUGGGCAGCAUGCCCAGCACAGUGCACAUUGGUCAAUCUAUGGAUGUAGUUAAGCUGCAAUCCAUCGCACGAACAGUGGACAGUCGUCUCUUUUCAUAUUCAGACUCCCGUCGGAUCCUUCUACCUGUUGUUCUCCAUCACAUUCAUUUGCAUCUGCGGCAGCAGAAGGAGCUGCUCAUCUGCUCUGGAAUCCUCAGCAGCAUCUUUUCUAUCAUGAAGUCAAGCUCUCUGGAGUGCUCAGUGUCAGAAGAGGUGGAGAUGAUGGUUGAGAGCCUUCUUGAUGUCCUACUACAGACUCUGCUUGCUAUCAUGAAUAAGUCCCAGAUGGCGGAGGCGGUAAGAGGACAGCGUUGCCCACAGUGCACGGCAGAGAUAACUGGGGAGUAUGUCACCUGUCUACUAUCCCUACUUCGGCAAAUGGCAGAUAACCACUAUCAACAAUUGCUUGAUAAUUUCCAGAGCAAGGAGGAGCUCAAGGAUUUCUUGUUAAAAAUAUUUUGUGUGUUCCGUAAUUUAAUGAAGCUGAGUGUCUACCCACGUGACUGGAUGGUAAUGAGACUUCUAACCAGCAACAUAAUUGUUACAACAGUUCAAUAUCUGUCUCCUGCAUUACACAAGAACUUCACAGAAGCAGAUUUCGAUUUCAAGGUGUGGAAUUCGUACUUUAGUUUGGCUGUACUGUUUAUAAAUCAGCCAAGUCUUCAACUGGAGCAUGCCACACCUGCCAAAAGGAAGAAGAUCUUGGACAGGUAUGGUGAUAUGAGAGUGAUGAUGGCCUAUGAACUCUUCAGCAUGUGGCAGAAUCUGGGUGAAAAUAAGAUUCAUUUUAUCCCAGGAAUGAUUGGUCCCUUCCUGGGUGUCACACUGGUGCCACAAGUUGAGGUACGGAAUGUAAUGAUCCCAAUCUUUCACGACAUGAUGGACUGGGAGCAGCGAAAGAAUGGCAAUUUCAAGCAGGUAGAAGCAGAGCUCAUCGAUAAACUGGACAGUCUGGUAUCCGAUGGAAAAGGAGAUGAAAAUUACCGUGAACUCUUCAGUCUCCUCACCCAGCUCUUUGGGCCUUAUCCUAGUUUAUUAGAGAAGAUUGAACAAGAAACAUGGAGAGAAACUGGUGUUUCUUUCGUAUUGUCAGUAACUCGCCUCAUGGAGAGACUGCUGGACUACAGGGACUGUAUGAAAGGGGAUGAAACUGAAAAUAAGAAGAUUGGCUGUACUGUUAAUUUGCUGAAUUUUUACAAAUCUGAGAUUAACAAGGAGGAAAUGUAUAUCCGUUACAUCCAUAAACUGUGUGACAUGCAUCUUCAGGCUGAUAAUUAUACAGAGGCAGCAUUUACACUAAUGCUAUACUGGGAACUGCUUCACUGGGAGGAUCGAACCUUGCGAGAGUUCCUACACUACCCAGCCCAAACAGAGUGGCAGCGUAAAGAAGGACUAUGCCGACAGGUUAUCAACUACUUCAACAAGGGCAAGUGCUGGGAGUAUGGAAUUCCUCUCUGUCGGGAGCUGGCCAGUCAAUACGAAGCCUUCUACGAUUACCACAGUCUCAGCUGGAUCCGGAAAAUGGAAGCUGCAUAUUACGACAAUAUAUUGGAGCACCAGCGUCUGGAACCAGAAUUCUUUAGGGUUGGAUUUUAUGGUAGAAAGUUUCCAUUUUACCUACGUAAUAAGGAGUUUGUAUGUCGUGGUCAUGAUUAUGAAAGGCUGGAGGCCUUUCAGCAGAGGAUGCUGACUGAAUUUCCACAAGCUAUUGCCAUGCAACAUCUCAAUCAGCCAGAUGAAACCAUCCUGCAGUCUGAUGCACAGUAUUUGCAAAUUUAUGCUGUUAGCCCAAUUCCAGAGAAUGUGGAAGUUCUUCAGAUGGAAAGAGUUCCAGACCGGAUCAAGAGCUUCUAUCGCGUAAACAAUAUCAGCCGCUUUCGAUAUGACAGACCUUUUCAUAAAGGUUCAAAGGACAAGGAAAAUGAGUUCAAGAGUCUUUGGAUUGAACGGACUACCCUGACUCUUACACACAGUUUGCCUGGAAUCUCCCGAUGGUUUGAAGUAGAGAAGAGAGAGGUGUUGGAAGUGAGCCCCUUGGAAAAUGCUAUCUAUGUUGUCGAAAACAAAAACCAGGAGCUGCGGACUCUCAUCAGUCAAUACCAGCACAAGCAGCUGCAUGCCAACAUUAAUCUUCUCAGCAUGUGUCUUAAUGGAGUGAUAGAUGCUGCUGUCAAUGGAGGAAUAGCCAGAUACCAGGAGGCAUUCUUCCAAAAGGAGUAUAUAGUGAGCCACCCAGAGGAUAGUGAGAAGAUCAAUCAGUUGAAGGAGCUGAUGCAGGAGCAGGUUCACAUUCUUGGAGUGGGUUUAGCAAUCCAUGAGAAAUUAGUGCACCCAGAAAUGAGACCUCUGCAUAAGAAACUAAUAGAUCAAUUCCAGAUGAUGAGGUCCAGCCUUUGUCAUGAUCUUCCUGGAAUGGACAAGAUCAGUCCUGCCUGCUCUGGUUCCAGCACACCACGUGGCAGUCUCAUGUCUGGUCAUAAUCCCAUGAGUCCAGAUGCUAUAAAGCUCAUGCAUAGACACAGCCCACUGAACUUGCUUGGCUCCAGUAGACAUUCCUCAUCUUCAUUAUCCUCACAGACAUCCAGUGAGGUUGGAAACCUUGUCAUCCUCACAGACGGUCUUGUAGGAGAAACCAUUGAUGACCCAUUCCGCAUGCAGGCCAGUCCAUCCACCUCCAGCCUGAGUUCCACACAUUCUGCACCCUCACAGAUGAUCAAUUCAGCCCCGUCUAGUGCACGAGGUUCCCCAUCAUUAUCCGAUAAGUACCGUCAUUCACGGGAGAUUAUGAUGUUGCUGCCUCCUCACAGGGACAGGCCGAGUAGUGCUCUGUAUCCUAAUAUGAUGGAAAAUGGACCGCCUUCUAGUUUCCAGCGGGCCCUAAUUCAACAGGUGGUUGGACCUUGCAAACCAUGCAGUGACCCUAAUCUCUCUGUCGCUGAAAAGGCGGUGCCAGCAGCUCCCAGUAGCUGGAGUUUAGACAGUGGAACCAGGGACACAAUACCAUUCCUCUCAGCACAUGUGGGCACAGUAGUGGCACCCCCAGUACCACCUCGAUCAUUGCCACCUGGUCAUUUCACUAUGAAUUUUGAUCCCUUCCAUCAUCAGAUCAGUGAUAUACCACCUGCCUUGCCUGCACGAACCCUACGUAAAUCUUCGCUACACCCAAUUCCUGCAUCACCUACAAGCCCCCACUCGGGUCUUGAUGGCAGUAACUCCACUCUGUCUGGCAGCGCAAGCAGCGGGGUGUCCUCUUUGAGUGAAAGCAACUUUGGCCAAUCAAUGGAGCCACCACGUACAGACACAACAGAUUCCAGUCAGACCUGGAACCCAGAAGAGGAUGGGGAAGCCCCUUAUAUACCAGUAAGGUACAGCCUAUCUGAACCAGAUGUCAUUGAAUCGGUGAAAGCUCACCCAUGCCGUAGCCACUCUGCGCCCACUGGAGUCAUUCCUAAGGAAUCCACAGAGAUACCAGCUUUGCCGCCCAAACCAUAUUAUCCCAGACCUACAUACAUAGGCAAUGAAGAAACACUUGAAGAAGAGAGCAGGCCAAAGGCUUUCACACGCAAACUCUCUCAGUCUGGUCACAGUGGCAAAGAGGAGCAGGCCAAGGUACCGUGGCAACAUGGCAUCAAUCAAGACUAGGCCACAAAAAAGGACUCAAAAUUAAGGUGUUCACUGGUUCAUCCUACGGGUGUCAGCCACCUCUGUUUAUUGUAAACGGAUUAUAUUUCUUUGAGAAACUGUUUACUUUUGACUAAUACUUUGUUUCAGUGAAAAGGAAGGCCUGUUUAUUUACAGCCUGGCUGCUCUCUGAUUGUAUUUGCAGUUGGAGGUCCCUGUGUGGAGUACGGGAGUGUUCUGAAAAGGCCUCAACCCUUCAGGUCCAAAAUUUCCUGUUGCAUCACACACUUCACUUUGAUUAUUCAGAAAGCAUAGAAUGAAUGAGGCAUUUGAUGAUUGAGAUCAUUAUGAACACUUAAGGAUAUUAGUCAUUUCAUAAAUUCAUGUCUCUCUCUAUUUGCCCUUUCUAUCUUUGGUCAAAGUAUUUGAUAUACCUCCUUACCAGGUCUUCCACUGACUUUCAUCUUUACUAAAGUUGUGAGUAAAAUUGUCAUUGAGAUAUCAUGCAUUCUGUGUAUGAAAAGCAUGAAGGUAAUGUCAGACAGAAGUGUACCAAACUAAUAUCAGGAAUGUACAGUCCAAUAUUGAAGUAGCAUACAAUUGCCCCUCCUCUGUUAAGGCAGAAUAUGUCUAAAAUCAGCAUAGAAUUUAGUGCUGAAGAACUUCAGGUUAAAUCUUCAUUAAUAGUGAGAGUCCAGUUAAUUCACAAAAUGAAAAAGUUGAUCAUCGUUUAAAUUUUGGGCUUUUUCUUUGGACUGGCUUCAGCUAAAUUCCGUUGGAAUGGAUUUGUCCGAUUUUAAAUGUCAACUGCAGCAUUUAACUUACCAACCCGGAGUUCUUUUUUGAAGCGACAUAUGUAGACAAAUGACCUGCUCACUGAAACUCAGAUUGGAUUUUGCCAAGUCGACUCAACUCCUGAACUCAUUAUAGCCAUGGUCCAAUAAUAGACAAAACAGGUGAACUAAAGAGGUAAGCUGAAAGAGACUGCCCUUAACAUAAAGACAGCACUGAAAUAUGUAUUAACGGGCCCUAGCUAAACUGGAGUCAAUGGGAGUCAAGGGAAUUGGUUGGAAUCAUACCUAACACAAAGGAAAUGAUUGUGGUUAUUAUGGACCAACCCUCUCAAUCUUAAGACAUAACUGCAGGAGUUCCUCAGUACAGUUCUCAGCCCAUCCAUCAAUAUAUACAGCUGCUUUAUCAAUGACCAAUGUCAGAAUUGGGAAUGUUUGCAAUUCCAUAGAAACCAAAACACUGUGCAUUGAUGUGCAGAACACUUGGGCCAAUAAGUAACAAUUAACAUUUGCAUCAGACAAGUGCCAGGUAAUGCCAUCUCCAACAAGAGAAAAUCUAACCAUCACUCAAUUUCCAUCCCUUCCAACUACCAAAACAGUGCCAGCACCUACAAGAUGCACUGAAGCAAUUCAUCAAGGCUAUUUUGACAGCACCUUCCCAAACCUAGAGGGACAAGGGCUGUAGAUGCACGGGAGUACCUCUCAGAAUUAACAACCUUGAACUCCCUUGUCAACAGCAAUCUGACCUAAAUCACAAGGGUUGUUACAGUUCCAGAACACAGUUCACUACCACUUUCUCAAUGGCAAUGGCCAGCUCCACCCACACCCUAUGAAAGAAUUAUUUAAACAUUAUGCAGUUGGUACAGCUUCAGGAGUAAAAUGUAAAAACUCCACUGCUAAUCAUUCCAGUUUCCACUAGCUCAAUAUUUACCUGCAAAGAAACUUGUGUACUUUUCACUGGGGUAAUAUGUGGAUACCACCAUUUAAACACGUGAAAGAUACUUUUCGUUUCAAUCAGGUAACAUGAUCUUAUACCAUCUGGCUUAUGUAGGAGCUCAGGUGUAUUUGGACCUCACUGAUUUCAUACAUCUGAAGAUGCAUUGCAAUGUCGAAGAACCCCUACCCUUACAAGCAACAGUACAGCAAGUAUAAAAAAACAAAAAUCCUCUAUAACAGUUAGGGAGCUAUACGUAGUUUGUAUUUUAAAUGACCACUGUGCUAAAGCAAGUUUUUGACAGUUUAUCUGAGUAAAAAAAUUAGAGCUAGGUUCUGAAGGUGUCUUACAUUGUUUCUUUAUUAACAAUUGAGUUGAUGGUUUAAUGUUAAAGCAGAGGUGUAGGAUAACAUAGAGCAAGAUGUGCUAUUGAGAGAAAACUAUAAAUAAAGAGACAUGUUAAACAUUUGUUCAGAAAGUGGCAACAUAGGUAUUGUUAAAAAAGGUAAAAAUUGGUACAAAAGUUGAAAAGAAUUGAAAAGUGAUUGUAACUCUACGUACAUCAUUGAGUAUUCUCUCACAUCCAACU